AGCCAAUGAGUUCGGCCGCGCUAGUCGGUGACAGCGAGAACAAUUCUAGCCCUCUAUCAGUGACGUGCCGUGGACGGUGGCCGCCGACGGAGCCAGCAUGGAUUUUGUGCAAGUAAAGCGAGACUGGUUGUGGACCCUGGGGCGAAUCAUGGGACAGAUUCCCAUGACUUUCGGGACUUGCCGUUGCAAUGUCAAAUACAAGGAGUUAAACAAGAGUUUUCCCGUCGAAGGAAUCCACGUUGUGUCGACCGAGACCGUGUUUGGUGGGAGAGAGCAGCAGGCCCCACCGGAACGACGAUGUAGAUGCACCGUCCAGGACGCCUUGCAGCCUUCGAGGACGUGGGCCGCAUACUCCGCAAUUCUGGUCCUGGUGCUCGUGCCGUGCAGCAUGGUGUCGUUGUACGAGGACAUUCAGCGCAGUUUGCGCAACACUAGUCCCCACAUGGCCACCAAAACCGACAGGGUGGUAACCACAUGCGACUUGGUGCUCAUCACGCUGUGCGGCAAUAUGGCCGUUAUUCAAGCCUGGUUGGCGCGAGAACACAUUGCCACAUUCGUUGAGCAGAUAAGUUCGGUUGACGAUCUCCUGCGGUCGCGCGCCCCCCGAGUGCCCGUCCUGUUGCUGGCGUUCCUCAUGGCGCUGCUGGGCGUCGGCGUCAUGGACGUCGCUUGCGCCAUGGAGGACGGCGGCCCUGGCUACGCGUCGCUCUUCCUGACGGGCCAGGCCAACUACUACCUCACCUACACCAUGGAGGCCAUGUUCGCCGACAGUGCGCACUCCAUCUUCGAGCGAUUCCGCACCCUCAACUCGCGCCUGGAGGCGGCAUGUCUCGCUGCCCGACGACGCCCUGCGUGGACGCCUGUGCGUGUGCCACCAGACUUAGAAGUUCCUCUACCCAGCGGCCAAUGGAAACCCGGUCUCGUGGCUGGCAAGGUUGCGUGGAUGCAGCGUGCCCCCUCUCGAGAAAAUAAAGACGGUGACAAAAAACAUCAAAGUUCCAUGCCACUGCCCCUGUGGCACCUGGAGCAGGCUCACGUUCUCCUGUGCGAGAGCUCCGCCAACGUGUCGCAACGCUACGGCCCCGUCCUCCUCCUCGACAUGCUGAACCUGAUGCUCCACACCGUCAUCUCGGCCUACUUUUUCUCUUCCGUUCUCAUGCUCAGCCCGAGACAGCUGUCCAACAGCGAGCCGUACGUCGUGCUCCAGUUCUUCUGGCUGCUCGCCCACGUCAGUCGGAUGCUCUUGCUGGUGACUUACUGCUCCAAGGCAAAGGAUGAGGCAAAAAGGACAGGGGCGCUCGUGGGAAAGUUUCUCAACAACGUGCGGCUUGACAGUCCUCUCCACAGGGAGCUUCAGGCAUUUUCCAUGCAGCUCAUGCACCACAACGUCUCUUUUACUGCAUGCGGCAUGUUUGAACUUGGUCUUCCCUUGACAGUCUCGGUUAUGGGAGCUGUGGCUACGUACUUGGUUGUGCUUCUUCAAAUCAAAGGUUCUUCAGAGUCGUGUUCUAGCCCCGACAAAAGAAGCACGAACGCAACAUAACCAUCAGUUUUUUUAAUGGAUUUUUCAUACGUACGGUGGCCGAACGC